AUGCGUCGAAUACUCGGCUAUUCCAGAUCACUCAAGGCCCAAAAGACUGACAUCAAGGCGCUGCGCAACGAGCGUGGCCACUGCGUCCUCAAAUUAUUCCAGAACACGCCGACGCUUGUGGGGAACUCUUCAACUCGAUUGCCGUCAGCCCUUCUAGAAAGGGAAGAACAGUGGAGUCGAAUUGCUGAACAUAUAAACGAUCGGUACAGUGGACGACUGAGCCCUGUGAACACAGAACGUGUGAAGAAGAUUCAUAUGUACUAUCGGAAACGGGAAAGCAAAAUGCGAGCCCGUGUUGAUGUCCUCACCCCUGAAGCCGAUGUGGAAAGCCCUUUGAAGAAGAACAUCAUCCAUGAAGAUGGUGAUUGCUUCGUAAUGGAUGUCAAUGCUGAUACCUCGGAGAGCGCCACAGAUGAAGACCAAGGAGUUUUUGCCCUUUCUGAAGAAAAUCUGCAGGCUAUAAUCGAAGCCAUCGGCGCCGAUCCACAACGCGACAAUGCUUCUCCAGCCCUGUCCUAUAAAAGCUUGUCCCAGGGCAGCUGUGAAAAUCGGAAGCUCGUGGCUCACUUGAAAAAAGAACGCUCGGCAAUGGUCGACCAGAUGGCCAAAUACUACUUGAAGCGGCUGUGCUUUGAUGGAACAAAUGCUUCGAUUCUUAGUGCCCGGUCGCAGAAUAUCAACCAAGAGCGCCAUUCGAUGUGGAAGCAUAUCUCAGACAAGAUCAACGCCAAGUAUGCCGAGCAGAUUGGUUACCUCACCGUGGAGCAGACAAAGAAGCUUUUCUCCAACCUCAAGAGGAAGUCGAGGGCCAAGAAAGAUGAAGAUGGCCGAGAUGACAGCAACGGAUCAAGGGGAAGCCCCGAUGAUAGCAUGAUGGAUGAGGACUUCAGUCUAAACCUGGUGCGUGAUGUGAUCGCCCGUGAAAACAUUGACAUUAUGCAAGGUGUCUUCAACCUACAAGAAAAACAAGCCGAGCGAUCGCCAUCCGUUGCCUCAUCCACAUCGUCCUCUCGGUGCACCCGCAAAGACUUCCCUGUCUUUGAUUCCAGCGUCUUCUCAUCCCCGCCAGCCUCAUCCGGCGAAAACCGACUUGAUGAAUUGCUGCGGGGUCUCGACAAGACUUUGGAAGCCCAGCUGCUCCGCGAACAGCUUACUGAAAAAGAGCAAGAGAAUCAGCGUCUGAAGCGGAAGAUUGAGGAGCAAGCCGAAGAACACAAGAAAAAGAUCCUUGCGAUGAUUGAACUGGUCGCCCUAGCUGUCGACCGAAAAGCCUCCGAUGAAGUACGAACUAUCCUCAGUCUG